AUGACUGAAAAACCAAGAUCAGUGAUGAGAAGAAAUCAUGGUGAAAAAUUAUCACCAUCAUCUCCGCGAGCCACUAGUCCCACACCGUCCACGACUUCGUCGACGUUGACGCAGCAAUUUGCAGACAUUAUACGGCGGUAUAAUUACUACUGUGAACAUAUUCAACGCAUUCUCAAAGACACAGAUAAAUCUUAUGGUGAAAUCAAUGAUACUCGUGUUCUUUCGUCUGAAAAAGUUUCGCGAAUGCAUUUGUCGAAAGCAGAUCGGGAUUUUUUGGAUGCACUCGAAACACGGCCAUUAGCACUGAUCAUAUGUUCUCAAACGUAUAAUGGCAAAUCGCGUUUUGUGAACGAGUUGCUAAACGAAUCUUUAUUACCUGAAGCGCCUGUUAUUAAUCAAUAUGAUGUGGUGCGAAUGGUUCGAAUCAAGAAUCAUCCGGUGCAGGGUGCUAGCUUGAACAUAUCCGGUUCUUUUGAGAUUAUUAAUCCUGAUAAUAUGUAUAAAAAUGUCUCCUGGACAACUGUUCCUCGUGAUGAUCUUGUUGUCAAUGGUACCGGUGAUCUUCAUCCUUUAGCAGAGCAUGAUGAUGAGAAUGAUCAACAAGAAACGGCAUCGCUUGAAAUACGUAAACCUUUAGAACUACUCAACGAUGAUUUACAAAUAGUCAUUACACCUUCCAAUCAAACACUAAAUAUGAAACAAAUCUAUACUCAAAUAACUGAAAAUGUGGUUCCUAUAUUCAUUUAUGUGAUUGAACAAGAUACUUUAUCAUCAAAUGAUAUUGAAGAAUUGAGAUUCUUCCGUUCGAUUGUACCGAAUGAGCCAAUCUUAUUUAUACGAAUCGAUCAAUCUACUAAUUCGAUGAAUGUCGGUGAAACAUCAUGCGUUCAAAUCUUUAGACAAUUAUGUGACCUUGGUUUUCUUUCGAUAUUGGGUAAUACCACUGGUGAUAUGUCACCAGACACAGCUCCACUCUUUCAAAGCGAUAUUAUCGACAAUGGUUUAGUUAACUUCACACAUUUCCUAACCUACAUACGUAAACACAUUGAUCGGUUAACCAUUCGUGCAGUGAGUAUUCUUCAACGAUCGCAUGAGAUCUGUUUGGAUCUAUUUAAUGAUAGUGCAUUCGAUAUGGCUAGAGAUAUUCUCAUUACACCGAAGCGAUUGAGUUAUACGCGUGAAAGAGAAAAGAAUCUCUAUGAAUCACUGAUUGCUUUGACAAAUUCGAAACAAAAUGAAAUUCAGAAAUUGAUUCUGCAAGCUAUCAGCGAAAUGCACGAAACUCUUGCCGAUCAAGCUUGUUCAGUUGACAUUCCCGGUAUCGAACUAACUGAUCAAUUAACUGUUAAACAUGCGCGAGAUUUAAAGAAAUGUACGACUUAUAUCCAAGAAUUUAUUCUGAUCAAAUUAAAUGAAACGAUUGCAAAUAAAUUACUCGACUCGAUCAACAUUCUACACGAUAAUUAUGUUGGAACGUUGACACGUUGUCUAUUUAGUUUAGAAAAUAAUGCUAGCGAUGCAGAUGAAUCGGAAUUAUCAACCAGUAAAGCACUUCAAGAGAUUCUCCAUUCAGCGUAUGAAGUGAAUAUAACUUUACCGGCAGACUCAAAUCUCUUUCAAAUUCUAAUUGAUAAAAUGAAAGAAUUAUUUCGAACAUUUAGCUGGAGUCAAUGUCCACGCAUCGAUCCUGAAUUUAAACGUUCAGUGGCGCUCGAUAUCUUGAAUGGUCUCAGUGAAGUCAAAUUAGCCAAGAGCGUUUGUACACAAUUGAACGAUCGCAUUCGCAUGUCGCAUGAGAAUUUUGAAACUCUACUCAAACAACUUGAACAUCGUCAUUCGGAUCGAUUGAAAACUACUGAGGAUAAACAACAACGUGUGAGAAAGGAAUACACGCCGAAGAUUGCUCGAUUGUUGUUGGAAAGUACGUCGUUGAAAGAUCUUAUUGAGUACGGUCUACCGAAACAAGGACGAGAAGUUGGACGUGGACAAUAUGGAAUCGUUUACGAAUGCAAAAGUUGGGCAAAUCAUCUAUCAUGUGUUAUUAAAUCGGUUAUGCCACCAGAUGACCGUCAUUGGAAUGAUUUAGCUCUAGAAUUCCACUACUUAAGGCGAAUUCCCGAACAUCCACGAAUUGUUAAACUAAUUGGAUCAGUUAUCGAUUAUACAAAUCCAGAUCAAACGCCCGUUCUCCUAAUAAUGGAAAGAUUAAAGCGUGAUUUGUAUGCAGCUUUGAAAACUCGACUAGAUUUCUCGACUAGAAUGCGUAUUGCAUUAGAUGUAGUCGAAGGUUUAAGAUAUCUACACGGCUUAGGUCUAGUGCAUCGUGAUAUAAAAUUGAAAAAUGUUUUGUUAGAUGAUGCUAACCGCGUACGUAUUACCGAUCUUGGUUUCUGUAAACCGGAGGUAAUGAUGAGUGGUUCUCUCGUCGGAACGCCAAUUCAUAUGGCACCCGAGUUGUUUACUUCAAAAUAUGACCAUACGGUUGAUGUUUACGCAUUCGGUAUUCUAUUUUGGUACAUAUGUUCGAAUGGUGUGAAAUUACCAACGAAUUUCGAUGUUUGUUCAUCAAAAGAUAUUCUCUGGUCAGCAGUUAAAAAAGGUGUACGACCUGAACGUUUAAUGGACUUUAGUGAUGAGUGUUGGGAAAUCAUGACGAAGUGUUGGGAUACUCAACCAUCACAGCGACCUUAUUUGGGUGAAGUUCAAGAGAAAAUUGAACAAAUUCUGAAUAAUUCACGAACAACAACUAUUACAUAUACCAGCUGUAAAUUUUCUGUGUUGAAGAGGAUUAUUCUUUAUUUGUAUUUUUCUUUCUGCUGUCUUCUCUACAUCUUUCUCUGGAAAGCGAUGACAACAGACUCGAUUGAAUAUGAGGGAACCGAUCUUGGCGUUGGUGACUUCAUUCUUUUGUCAGACAUAACCAUGGAAACAUUUGUUGAAAAUCUGAAAAUACGUUUUGAGAAAGGACGCAUCUACACAUAUAUCGGCGAAGUUCUUGUCAGUAUGAAUCCUUAUCGCGAAUUACCACUCUAUAGUCCGGAGUAUAUACAAAGUUAUAAAGGAUGUGAUAUGUUUGAAAGAUCUGCACAUAUAUUUGCACUUGCUGAAGCAGCAUAUCGAACGUUGAAACAAUAUUCUGCAAGUAGUUGUAUCGUGAUAUCUGGAGAGUCAGGUUCAGGCAAGACUGAAGCAUCGAAAAUAAUCUUACGGUAUAUCACAGCAGUAACGAAUGUAUCAAAUCAAACAGAAAUUCAGAGAAUUAGUAACAUUUUGAUUCAAACGAAUGUGAUUCUCGAAGCUUUUGGAAAUAGUCGAACGAAUCGAAAUGAUAAUAGUAGUCGAUUUGGUAAAUAUAUGGAUUUGAAUUUUGAUUAUAAGUUUGAGCCAAUGGGAGGAAAAAUACAACAUUACUUACUCGAGAAAUCACGCGUGGUCAAACAGCAACUCGGCGAAAGAAACUUUCACGCAUUCUAUCAACUAUUGUCAAAUGAAGAUUCGUUAAAAACUUACGGAUUUCGUCUCCAACCUGAAGAGUAUCAUUACAUUAAUCAAGGCAAUUGUUGUCGGUUAGAAAGAAUAGACGAUAAGAGAAAUUUUGAACAAGUUAUAGAAGCAUUCCAUACGGUUGGCUUUACGGAAGACGAGAUCACCACAGUGUGGAAAAUUGUAGGAGCGAUUAUUCAUUUGGGAAAUUUAACGUUUGUUGAUGUUGAUGGUGAACAUUGUUCAGUAAAACGAAUCGAUGAUGAAACUGAUCCACUUCUAUGGAUAUCGAAACUCUUAGAAUGUGAACAAUCGGAGAUCCUGUCCGCAUUAACUUCCCGUGUUGUCGCUGCGCGCAACGAAGUGUUUCAAACGAGACAAAAUAUAACACGAGCUUGUUACGGACGAGAUGCUUUGAGUAAGGCUUUGUAUGAACGUUUAUUCGAGUGGUUAGUGAGAUACAUCAAUAAAACUUUAUCACAAGUCAGUCAAGAGCAGAUUGAUUAUCCUUUUCGACGAGUAUAUACUUCAGUGGUGAUUGGUAUUCUGGAUAUAUACGGUUUUGAAAUCUGUGAGAAUAAUAGUUUCGAACAAUUAUGUAUCAACUAUUGCAAUGAGAAAUUGCAACAAUUAUUCAUUGAACUUGUCCUUAGACAGGAACAAGACGAGUACGAGUGUGAAGACAUCACUUGGCAACAUGUGGAAUACUUCGAUAAUAAAAUAAUAUGCGAUCUAAUCGAUCAACCACGCCACAGCAUCCUCGCAUAUCUCGAUGAAGCAUGUCAAAUCGUAGGAACAGUAACAGAUGACAUGUUCCUCAAUUCGAUCAAUCAAGCAUUCAAAACUCAUCCUCAUUACUCCAGCUGGGAAACUGCACCAAGUGAUAAAGCAUGGAAGAAUAUUGAUACAAAUAAACUUUUCCUCAUUCGUCACUACGCAGGUGAUGUGAUUUAUUCUGUCGAUGGUUUUCUAGACAAAAACCGGGAUCCAUUAUUCGAUGAUUUUAAACGGCUAUUGUAUCAUAGCCAAAAUCCCAUUCUAUCUUCCAUGUGGCCUGAGGGAGAAAAGAGUAUUACAUCUAUAUCACGACGACCACUGACAAUAGGAACAGUGUUUCAAAAUUCUAUGACAAGUCUUUGUAAUCUACUUUCCUCAAAACAACCAUUCUAUGUUCGAUGCAUAAAACCCAACGUGGAAAAAUCCGAGGAUCUAUUCGAUCAAACGCUGAUCGAGCAUCAGAUUGCAUAUUUAGGCUUGCUAGAAAACGUUCGUGUUCGUCGAGCAGGUUUCUGUCACCGGAUUUCUUACGAACGAUUUGUUCAACGUUAUAAGAUAAUCGAUUGUGUUCGUUCGAAAUUACAUCCACAUGGACCGUUUACUAGAGAAAGUGCUACUUACAUUUGUGAGGAACUUCAUAUUAACGAAGAUGUUGUUUAUGGAAAUACGAAAUUAUUCGUUAAACAUCCAACUUCACUGUUUCAACUUGAAAGGAAACGAAGAGAAGGUUUAGAGUCGAUUAUAACUAUUUUGCAAAAAUCAAUCCGUUCAUGGAGUCAAUGCCGUAGAUAUCGACGGGAAAAUGCAGCAGUUAAAAUACAAAGUUUCUAUCGAAAAUAUCGUGCUCGAAGAUACAUUUUUCAAGUCAAUGAUACAUUCAGUGACUAUCUUGGUAAAAUCAUCACUUGGCCACCAUCAGGAUCAAACUUUGCACCGUUAAAUGCUGUUCUCAAACGAUUCUAUCGACGAUGGCGUCUUAAUCGAAUCAAACUUCUCUUGCCGUUAGCACAACAAGAGGCAUUCGAUUGUAAACUAUUCGCUAGUCAAUACCUUCACAACAGAUCGUCCUUUUUCGAUAUAAGUAUUUACCAACAAUGGAAAGGUGAUUAUUUACGUUUACCUGAAGAGAAUUCUCGUGUUAGUGAAUAUCGAAAAGCGCUUCAUGAAAUACGCGCACGUGAUAAUUUCAGUCAAGUACUCUUUUCCACACUUGCUAUCAAAUUAAACAGCCAUAUGAAAAUGGAUGAACGUGCCAUUAUCCUUACAGAUAAAGAUAUUUAUCGAGUUGAUCCAAAGAAAAAUUUUCAGUUCAAAAAGCUCGGUACACCGGUUGAUGAUAUUGUUGGUUUGAGUGUGACACCUGGCAGAGAACAAUUAAUUGUUGUGCACUUAAGUUCGAACCAUGAUUUAGUCUUUUAUAUGCAGACGAAAGUUGAUCGAGUAGGAGAAUUUGUUGGCCACAUCGCAAAAUUGAAGAACAAUUCCAAAUUCUUUGUUGAUGUUCAACGCUAUGUUUCAGCUUACGUUCUCAAAUAUAAAUAUGUGAUCAAUGUUGUAUGGGACGAUGUGGACAAAGUUGAAUUUCGGAAAGGCUCAAACAACAAUAUUUCUUUGAUGAUACCAGUUAUCAUAUAG